UUGAUGUUUAAAAGGACAGAAGGAAAUAACUGUCAAAGGGCAUCAGGAACAUAUUUACUCACAGAGGCACAAGAGAUUGGGGAAGAGGCCUCACAAUUACUGAUCACCUACUGAGUCCCCGACCUUCAGAGGUCUUGUCAUUUAGGACACGCAGCGAGCCUGAGAAGUAGGCAUGUUUUCCCCAUUUCAUACAAGAUAAAACUAAGGGUCAAGGAUAGAGAACUGGUGAGUGCCAUCGUCAGAACUAAGCCUUGCAUCUGCCUGGCUUCACAGCCGGGUCCUCUGCACUGUGGCAGGAUGCUUCCCACUGGCUUCUCGUAGAAGAAGCCUUGCACCUGCUCUUCCCCCUCACUGUACCUUGCACAGUGCAAGCAAUACUGUCUGAGUGAUUAGCCAUUGUCACCUCUGCAGAUGGCUCCUGGAGACCCGGCCCGUGCCAGUGGCAACGACACCCCAGUCACCCAGUUCAUCUUGCUGGGGUUCUCCAAGUAUCCAGACCUCCAGGAGCUUUUCUUUGGAGGCUUCCUGCUCAUCUACGCCGUGACAGUGGUGGGCAACCUGGGAAUGAUGGCACUCAUCUUCACAGACUCCCGUCUCCACAGCCCCAUGUACUUCUUUCUCAGUGUCCUCUCUUUUCUUGAUAUCUGUUACUCUUCUGUGGUCACACCCAAGCUGUUGGCCGAUCUUCUGGUCUCGGACAAGUCCAUCUCUUUCGCGGGCUGUGUGGUCCAGAUGACCUUCUUUGUGAUGCAUGCGACCGCAGAGAGCUUCCUCCUGGCCUCCAUGGCCUGUGACCGCUACAUGGCCAUCUGCCGACCCCUCCAUUAUGGCUCCAUCAUGACCAAGGAAACCUGUCUCCAGCUAGUGGCUGCUUCCUACGCAUUUGGUGGAGCUAACUCUGCUAUUCAGACGGGGAAUGUCUUCUCUCUGCCUUUCUGUGGGCCUAACCAGGUGGCACACUUCUUCUGUGACAUCCAACCCCUCCUCCGCCUGGCUUGUGCCAACACAGCCGUGGCAGGAGUGGUCCUCUAUAUCUUCUCUGCUCUGGUUACCUUUCUGCCGGCUGCCCUCAUCCUCACCUCCUACAGCUCAGUCUUGGCGGCCAUUGGGAGGAUGCGCUCAGCAGCUGGGAGGGAGAAGGCCCUCUCUACCUGUGCCUCCCACUUCCUGGCCAUUGCCCUCUUCUAUAGCACUGUCAUUUUCACCUAUGUCCAACCGCAUGGAUCCACGAAUGAUGCCAGUGGCCAAGUCGUGUCUGUCUUCUACACCAUCAUAACCCCCAUGCUCAACCCCUUCAUCUACAGCCUCCGCAACAAGGAGGUGAAGGAUGCCCUGCAGAGGAAGCUCCGGAUCAAGCUCUUUCCCUGCUGAGCCCUGCAACGUUGCUUAUGAGAGAAAGGAAGGCUUGGUAUCUUCCAGAUCACGUUAUGAAUUGACUCCCACCGGGAGCAUUCUGGUUUGGAAGGAGGAGGGAUUAAGGAAGAAGCAGCAAAUAUCAUAAUUUGUGAUUCUCUUAUUUUACAAAUGAAGGAUCUGCGACUCAGUAAAAAUAAGUUAACUACCUAAGUCAUAUCUAAGUUGGUGAGAGAGUGAGAGUUCAACAUCAGGACUGCCUCAUCGAAACCACAGAUAUUUCUUUCUUCUUUCUCUCUUGCUUGCUUGCUUGCUUGCUUCUUUUCUUUCUUGCUU